AGAGUAAACCCUAAGAGGAACCCAAUCCCCCACUCACUCCCUUCCCACGCCGCCACCGCCGUCGCACCCAGCGGCGCAUCCUCUCUGUCCGUGCCGGCGCUGCUCCAUCCCCGUGCGCUCCCUGCUCUGCACCUCACCUCUCCAGUCCCCGCGCAUCAUCUCCUCCGUCAUAGCCUCACUCACUCAUCACCGCCGCCGCCUUCCGGCCUGUUCACCUCCUCCGUUCGUGUCUGUGCCGCCAAACCUUGUCGCGCCCACUGCCGGCGGCGCCCCCUCGCAUCCCGACCUGGUGGCGUCCUAGGCUAGGAUGGUUGGAUCUGCGACCCCGCCGACAUAUUCUCCACAGGGCGAACCUAGAGGCGGAUCCAGGCGAGCGCCGUCCCCAUCUGUGUGGGACUGGGGAUUUUCCGAUUUGAGGCGAUGCAACAACGACCUGGAGGCACGACGAGAUAGGGUUUUGGCAGGGCUGGGCCUCUUGCACAUCCGGCAUCUCAGGAAGCACAAAAAUUCAGGCACUCCAUUAUUAACUGCUAAUUCAGUUUGUGGAAUUGUAAGUCUGGAGGGUACUGGGUCAUCCCAUGCUGGAAAUAAUGCCGCUUCUGGUCUCCCGAGCAAUGAUUUCAAAGAGACUUGUUGCUGUUGAAGGAAAUUAACCUCUUUUGUGUAAUUAGAAACUUAGUAUAUAUAUAUAUGUUAAGAGUGAAAAUGCCUCUGUUAUGUAGUUGUGAUGCAGCUUUGAACCUGUGUAGGAGCUAGAAUUGCUAUGUAAACUCUUGAAUUAGCAUGAACUUUUAUAUAUUGUGCAGUUUGCACUUGUGAACCAUUCUGAAAUCUACGAGUAAUCAUGCUCGAAUAAUUUAUUAAAUGUAUUUUUGGAACAAAA